GAGAGGGAAAAAGCGCAACAAACAAAUAAUCAUCUUUUAAACCGUUUGAUCCUUUUUUUUGGUCCCGUUUUGGUGAAGUAUCGUGAAUAACCGUGAAUAGAGCGUGUGAAGCGUAGUGCAUACAUUUAGGCGCGAUGUUCUAUUCGACUGUAGUGUUGGCGUUGCUGUGUGGCAUUGGGCUUAGUGCAGCUUUCCCAUAUGCUUACCCACAGAAUGCGUUCAUGUACUACCGAACUGCGUAUCCGAUGAUCACGUACCCUCAGCUGCAGCAGAGUGCCAUGUAUCAACAGGCGAUGUUCCAGAACCAGCGGCUGCGUAACUAUCAUCGACGAUCAGCAGCGAGCGGUGUGACGGCUUUCGCCUCGGGUGACAACAUUGCCACCGGUACACAAAUACUCAAAGCUGACUGCCGACCCGCAGAUCCUGCUGUGCCCGCGUACCCUUCGGUGCAAUCGAUUGCUGAAGCAUAUCCUGCUGAGACACUGCCCGAGAACGAAAUUCCAUACAGUGAUGACGGUGGCCAGCUGGACCAGGAUUCGAACGGUGGAAGUGAGCUGGAUUUUCCGCUAGACAAUGAGGAACCGUUGGAGGAUAUACCAUCAACCGUCCCUCUCGUGCCAACCACGGUGACGGAUAAGCAUAAGAAGAAGGUUACCGUUCAGCUAGAUUCGUCGGAGGACGAUCAGGAGGAUGAAGAGGUAAGCGUCGGUACGCGGCGUGGUAGCGGAAGUCGUCCCACGAGCGGUGGUGGAUCUGCCGGUCCCAUGUUCCCGGUAACGUUUGGAAGCACCAACGGUGGUGCCAUUGCAAUCGCUAACAGUUACAGCACGGGAAAGGGUGGAUCGGCUACGAGUCACGCCACAGCUUACGGCAGUCCUGCAUCAGUACCUGAGGAACGUCGACGAUCUAUUGUCUUGCAGCAACAGCAACAGCAGCAGCAGCAACGGAACAACCGUCCUGUAAAGUUGCGGACGAAAUAUUAAGAUUGAUUAAGAUCCUGUCGAAACCAGCGCAAGGGUGUCUGUGCGUUUGGUUUAAUUUAUUCCUAGUCGUUCAUUGCUUUUUUCUUUUCGAAACAGAACGUGUACAUGUGACUGGCUCAAUAAAUGUGUGUUUUACUGAAUGAACUAAA